CACUUCCGGGCGGCAGGGGAAGUUGUUCCGGUACAGAGAGACUCUAUCCAUCGCAUGGUCCAUGCGAUUCACUGGUGCAGCUGUUACCUUAUUCCCAAAGCAAACACGUUGAACACGUAUAAUUUCUUUCAAAAACCCCAAAUUGACUAGCCGAGUGAGAACUCUCCGGGUUUUAUCUGGUUUUAUCAGCUGUCGCGACUUCCGGUUGUUGAUAUCUCCCAUCGCUGUGAGAGCUAACUAGCGGUAGCGGCGUUGCUUUAGGGGGAAAAUGGCGGAUGUAGCGGAGAAGAGCCUGGACGAUUUCUUUGCCAAAAGGGAUAAAAAGAAGAAGAAAGAGAAGACGAAGACCAAAGAGUCGACUCCGGUCCCCACCCAGACCGUCCUGGUAAAAAAGAUAAAGAAAGAAAAGGAAAAAUCUGCCAAAAAUGAGAACCCAGACGCGCCCGUUGAGAAGGACGAGGAGUGGAAGGAGUUCGAACAGAAGGAGGUAGACUACAGCGGCCUGCGGCUCCAAGCUCUACAGAUCAGUGACGAAAGAGAGGAGGAGGAGUACGAGAAGGAGGAGGUGGGUGAGGAUGGAGAGAUCAUCCUGGUCAGUGGAGACAAAAUGUCCGGACCCUGGAACAAGUCCGGUGCCCAACCCCAGCCCGCUGCACCCGUGGAAGAGGAGGAGGUGCCAGAGUCGAAGCCCAGCGGGGUGUACCGCCCCCCGGGGGCACGGCUGACCAGCAACAAACGAGGCCCCGCCCAUGGGCCCCCUGAGAUCUACAGCGACACCCAGUUUCCCUCUCUGAUGGCCACAUCCAAGCACGUGGAGACGCGCAAAGACCGGGAGUUAGAGAAGACCUUUGAGGUGGUGAAGCACAAAACCCGCGGCAGAGAAGAAGGCGGCGGAGCUACUCAGCAGCAACUGCAGCUCGACAACCAGUACGCCAUCUUGGGGGAUAAGUAGAGCUGCCCCCUUUUGAAACCCCGCCCCCUCCCUCAUAGGGUGGUCCGGCCCUGCCCCCCAAAGAAGGAAGAUGAACUCUAGCCAGCCAUGUACAAUGCAGUCCUGACAACUUUUGCGCUGCCACCGUCUAACACAAACACUCAUACACGCACACACACUCUUACACACACACUCUGUCCUACGCACACGCACAAUUGAAUUCCACAUGGAACCAACCUCCCCUGAAGCCCCCGCCCCUCCCCCUCACGUUGACUGACUGCUAACACACCCGGUGGCAGCGCUGCAGGCUGUGAGACCACCGCCACCACCAUGGGGCAAAUAGAGAAAAGAACCAGAAUUGACCCAACCAAGCACCCAUACCUUCUACCACCGCCGCGGCCCCCAUCGCUGUGCUUCUCUGGGGGAUGAAACCCAGCGGACAUGCGGUGGCUUUCUCUCUCUGGACCCCCAGGGUGUUUAAGAUGACUCCGUGUCCAGAUGAUUUUAUGAACUUGCGUUGAAAUAUAUCAAUUUUUUUUUUUUUUGCAAGAUGGCUCCUCUGCCCCAAUCACAGGUGGUGUUUUUUUUGUUAAGUUUCUGUUGGGUGGGUGUGGACGAUGUGGUUUGGACACUCAGUGGGGUGGGCAGGCAGGCAACAGCAAGGCUGAGUGGACUGAACUACUUGCUGAGGAGGGGGGAGGGGUUUACAACAUCUAGCCCUUACAUGCAAGAUGGCCGCUUUCAUUCUGUGUUUUUGUUCUUCAUGGUGAGACUGUAAAAGAUCUAAUGGAGGAGAAAUAAAAAAGUGUCGUGGUGGUGAUUUAGAA